AUGGUACCAUCAAGGGUUUCCAGGGAACAAAGGAGAAUAGCCUUGAGGAGAAAGCUUCAUAUUCUGCGAAAACUUACCAACUCUAAAUCAGUGAAAAAGAGCUCAAUCAUCAUGGAUGCUUUUCUCUACAUCUACAAGCUCAAACUCCAACUAGAAGCUAUCAGAAGAGAAUACCAAAACCUCAUCAAUCAUAUCCAAGAAGUGAAAGUAGAGAAGUUUGGGACAAAGUUUUUGGUGAGAGUGACAUGCAAGAAGGGAAAAGACUUGCUGGUUUCAAUUAUCGAAGCCUUUGAAAACCUAAAUCUCAAUAUUUUUCAAGCCAAGGCUGCGUGCAAACACUUCUUUUUCAUGGAAGCAGUUGUUGAAGAUGAAGAUCAAGUUUUGGAUGUGAAAGAUGUAACUGAAGCUGUGAUGACGGCCAUUCAGAAGUAG